AUGGGGGGCACGUAUGUCAAGAAGAUAGAGCGCCCGGUGCGAGUGACACACCGUCUGCUACGUAGCAGCAAGAACGAGGAGGUGACAGACAAGAUGCGUUAUGUCGAGAAGUUCAAUAGACAUGGCGAAGCGAACAUCCGCAUCAUUUUGGAGGAAUGGUUUUGGGACUCACUAGAUUUUGGCGGUGCAAAUGUCGCCCCUAAUGUCUCUCUUCGUUCGACACAUCUCCUGUGUCCUUCGGGCACUGGCCCGAAGGUUAAGAAAGCGCGCGGAUGGGGCAUUCCCGUCGUCGAUAUGUCGUGGCUGGCUGAUAUCAUUAGGACGGGGUCUAUACCGCCGGUGCAGACCCACGAUGGAAUUCCCGCAUCACCCGAGCUGGAGCGCAGGGGCACUGUGGGCGUAGACCCAAUCAAAGUCGACCGCAUCAAGGUCGACCGCAAGGGCAAGGGUAAAGAGGAAGCAGGCGAACUUUCCGAGACCGACAGCACGAAUGAUGGGUAG